AUUUUUCACAGUGCCUGUACCAUUUUACAUUUCCAGCAGCAAUGUGUGAGGGUUCUGAUUUCUCCACAUUCUUGCUAAUACUUGUUCAGUUUCUAUUUUUUGGAUUAUAUUCCUCCUAGUGUGUAUGAAGUGGUAUCUCGUCGUUUCAAUUUGCAUUUCCAUAGUGACUAACGGUGUUGAAAUUUUUUUAUAUGUUUGCUGACCAUUCAUAUAUGUUUUUGGAGAAAUGUCUAUUCAAAUCCUUCACCCAUUUUAACACUGGGUUGUCUCUUUCUUGUUUAACGAAUACUGGGAUCUUCAGUGGCAGGAGGAGUAAUCAGAAGACAGAGAUGAAUUUUAACACUAUUUUGGAGGAGAUUCUUAUUAAAAGGUCACAGCAGAAAAAGAAGACAUCGCCCUUAAACUACAAAGAGAGACUUUUUGUACUUACAAAGUCCAUGCUAACCUACUAUGAGGGUCGAGCAGAGAAGAAAUACAGAAAGGGGUUUAUUGAUGUUUCAAAAAUCAAGUGUGUGGAAAUAGUGAAGAAUGAUGAUGGUGUCAUUCCCUGUCAAAAUAAGUAUCCAUUUCAGGUUGUUCAUGAUGCUAACACACUUUACAUUUUUGCACCUAGUCCACAAAGCAGGGACCUGUGGGUGAAGAAGUUAAAAGAAGAAAUAAAGAACAACAAUAAUAUUAUGAUUAAAUAUCAUCCUAAAUUCUGGACAGAUGGAAGUUAUCAGUGUUGUAGACAAACUGAAAAAUUAGCACCCGGAUGUGAAAAAUACAAUCUUUUUGAGAGUAGUAUAAGAAAAGCACUACCUCCAGCACCAGAAACAAAGAAGCGAAGGCCUCCCCCACCAAUUCCACUAGAAGAAGAAGAUAAUAGUGAAGAAAUCGUUGUAGCCAUGUAUGAUUUCCAAGCAGCAGAAGGACAUGAUCUCAGAUUAGAGAGAGGCCAAGAGUAUCUCAUUUUAGAAAAGAAUGAUGCUCAUUGGUGGAGAGCAAGAGAUAAAUAUGGGAAUGAAGGAUAUAUCCCAAGUAAUUACGUAACGGGAAAGAAAUCAAACAACUUAGAUCAAUAUGAAUGGUAUUGCAGAAAUAUGAAUAGAAGCAAGGCAGAGCAACUCCUCCGCAGUGAAGAUAAAGAAGGUGGUUUUAUGGUAAGGGAUUCCAGUCAACCAGGCUUGUACACAGUCUCCCUUUAUACCAAGUUUGGAGGAGAAGGUUCAUCAGGUUUUAGGCAUUAUCAUAUAAAGGAAACAACAUCAUCUCCAAAGAAGUAUUACCUAGCUGAAAAACAUGCUUUUGGCUCCAUUCCUGAGAUUAUUGAAUAUCAUAAGCACAAUGCAGCAGGACUUGUCACCAGGCUUCGGUACCCAGUUAGUGUGAAAGGGAAGAAUGCACCCACCACUGCAGGAUUCAGCUAUGAGAAAUGGGAGAUUAACCCUUCAGAACUGACCUUUAUGAGGGAAUUGGGAAGUGGACUGUUUGGAGUGGUGAGGCUUGGCAAAUGGCGAGCCCAGUACAAAGUCGCAAUCAAAGCUAUUCGGGAAGGUGCAAUGUGCGAGGAGGACUUUAUAGAAGAAGCUAAAGUGAUGAUGAAACUGACACACCCGAAGUUAGUGCAGCUUUAUGGUGUGUGCACCCAGCAGAAACCAAUAUACAUUGUUACCGAGUUCAUGGAAAGGGGCUGCCUUCUGAAUUUCCUCCGACAGAGACAAGGUCAUUUCAGUAGAGACGUACUGCUGAGCAUGUGUCAGGAUGUGUGUGAAGGGAUGGAGUAUCUGGAGAGAAACAGCUUCAUCCACAGAGAUCUGGCUGCCAGAAAUUGUCUAGUAAGUGAGGCGGGAGUUGUAAAAGUAUCUGAUUUUGGAAUGGCCAGGUAUGUUCUGGAUGAUCAGUACACAAGUUCUUCUGGUGCUAAGUUUCCCGUGAAGUGGUGUCCACCUGAAGUGUUUAAUUACAGCCGCUUCAGCAGCAAAUCAGAUGUCUGGUCAUUUGGUGUUUUAAUGUGGGAAGUAUUCACGGAAGGCAGAAUGCCUUUUGAAAAAUACACCAAUUAUGAAGUGGUAACCAUGGUUACUCGAGGCCACCGACUCUACCAGCCGAAGUUGGCGUCCAACUAUGUGUAUGAGGUGAUGCUGAGAUGUUGGCAGGAGAAACCAGAGGGAAGGCCUUCUUUCGAAGAUCUGCUGCGCACAAUAGAUGAACUAGUUGAAUGUGAAGAAACUUUUGGAAGAUAAGCGAUGUGUGACCAGUGGCUCCCAGAUUCCCAAGCACAAGGAAGGAUGGGCAUUUUGUGGCUUUUAAUUUAUUGAGCACUUGGACAUGUAGAUUGUUUUACUUACACAGUGGAAACACAUAAAUAAUUUGCUUCUAGACCAGCCUCUGUCUAGACUUGCUUCUAGACAGAAUCUCCCAGAGUGUGGAAAUGUUGCCUUAGAAAUGGUGAUUAAAAUCACUCAUUUCUAUUCAUUCCUCAGGCACUUGAGUGACAGUUGUUUACCAGGCACUGUGUGUAGCCCCAGGGUUUGGCCAUUCAGGGGUGCACACAUGGGACCAUGUUAGCUGAUGCCAGUUGAAGGCCAGGGUAUGUGGGAAGGGGAAGGGUAUUAGAGUCAUGACCAAGCAACCCUUCUUUUUCCCUUUGACUUCUACAGAAAUCUGGGCCUGAGACAUUGUCUACAAUUGGGUUCUAGAUAAAUCAGGAACCCACCUUGGAUAAAUAAAUACCUAUCUUUUGUUUUGAAAACAUCUCAGUUUUCAAGACUGCUCUUAGUAUUACAUGAAUAAUAUUUGUAUGCUGUAUAUAUUGUAAAUAUAUAUAAUAUAUAAAGUUAUAUAUUUAUGAGAAA